AUGAAGGAAUACAAGAAAAAAAGAAUGGAAAACAAUGCAUGGGAUGUGGCAAAGGAAGUUAAAGAACGAAUUCACGGUGCUCCCGUUUUGAAAGAAUACAUCACUGCAUAUCUAACUAUGAAGCCAGAAGAUCAGUUCUUCUUUAAUGAAGCCAAUAUUUUGGCAUUUAAUAAAGCAAAGAGUGACACUUCGCGAGAACAAAUUCCAGGUAGCGGAUAUAUGAACAAAAUAUCCACAUUCAUUGAAUCACAUUACAAUGUGGUUGAGCUCUAUAUGGCGUUUCUCAAGAGGGUAUGCAGUGAACAUUCAGAUGGUCGUCUUUGCGACUUCUGUGAAAGGCAUCUAUGGGUAGGACCAGAGAGUGAGCGAAUACCUCAACCCAUACCUGACCCCAAGAACCCUCCACACUAUAAGAGCGUGUUUUGUACGCCAGUGAGAAAUGAUGAUGGUAGCCCCAGAGAUCCUGAUGACUGGCAGCCAAGGGCUCAGUUGAAACGCUUAUUUAAUUCAUCAGAAAUAACCCUCAAUGACACAGAUGCCAUUAAAGAAUAUGCAACAAAGUUCGCUGUUGAUGAAAAAUACGUGCGUUCAUAUCUGGAGCACCCGACAACACUGAGACUCAAAGAAUCCAUCAGGUAG